CCUUCCUUGUUCACUUACUCCAAACCUAAGAAACCAAAGGACCAUUUCCCAAUUUUUCUUGCACUAUUUCCCUUUGCCUUUCAAUGGCAACCUCCAAACCCAAUCCACCGAACACUACUUGCACUACCAUUUCUUCACCUUUCAAUGGGCUUCCCAUGUUGAGAUGGUGGGAAUCUUUGAUAUCUACCUAUGGGAAGGCUUCUGGUACAUUGACGCUCAUCUAGAAGGUGUCAUGGCUGUUAGGUCAAGCUUCACCGCGCUCAACAACGACAUUAUCGUUGCCGCUUCCCCCAAAACAGGCUCCACUUGGGUCAAAGCCCUAGUAGCCUCCGUCAUGCUCCGCCACGACAAUGAUGGUGGUGGUGGUGGUGGUGGUGGUGGUGAUGGUGAAGAUGAGGAUGCAGAUGAUCCCUUAAGAUACAACCAUCCCAAUGACCUCGUGCCGUCGUUAGAGCUCCAAGUCUGCAACAAAAAAAAUGCGAAUUCUGAUAUGCCAAACACAGCCUCUAAUACUACUACAAGGUUGUUUCGAACUAACAUUGCGUACUCGCAGUUGCCGGAAUCGAUUAAGAGUUCAGGCUGUAAGAUUGUGUACGUCACUAGAGAUCCUAAGGACGUGUUUGUUUCGAUGUGGCAUUUCAUUAACACUAAGAGAUCGUCUGAGAAAGCCCCAUUUCCAUUCGACGAAGCGUUCGAGAGCUUCUGCAAUGGUGUUUCUGCCUUUGGGCCCUUCCAUGAACAUGUGCUUGAUUACUGGAAUGAGAGCUUGAAGAGCCCUCAAAAGGUACUAUUUUUGAAAUAUGAAGACUUGAAGAGAAACCCAAGAGGAGAAGUGAAGAAGUUGGCUUCCUUCCUCGGCCGGCCCUUGGCCGAUGACGGCGAGGCCAAGAAGAUUGUGCGACGGUGUAGCAUAGAGAGGCUGAAGAACUUGGAAGUGAACAGAGAUGGUGUGGAUCCAUGGUCUGAUUUUCCCAAGAGCUCUUACUUUAGGCUUGGUAUUGUAGGAGAUUGGAAGAAUGAGCUAUCAACAGAGAUGAAAGAUAAACUUGAUGAAAUCACACGUGUGAAGUUGGAAGGGUUUGGUCUUUCUAUUUAA